GCUGUGAAGUCUUUAUAAGAGAGAGGAGAGAGAGGGAGGGAUAGCAUAGGUAGUCAUGGAUUUCUCAAGCUCUAUAGCAUGCCUUGUGCUUACUUCGAUUCUCAUUGUCCUCCUCUAUUCAUCCAUUUUUCAAAGAACCAAAACCAGCCAUGCCAAACUUCCACCAGGACCAAGCCCUAUUCCAGUUCUCGGAAACCUCCUUAGCCUCGAUAACAAACCACACAAAUCACUAGCCAGGCUCGCCAAGAUCCACGGCCCCAUCAUGUCUCUAAAACUCGGCUCGUUAACCACGGUAGUCAUCUCAUCUCCCGCCGCGGCCAAACAAGUCCUCCAGAAGCACGACGUCCCCUUCUCCAGCCGCACGAUCCCAGACGCCGUCCGCGCUCACAGCCACCACGAGCUCGGAAUGCCCUGGAUACCGGUCUCGCCCCUCUGGCGGAGCCUCCGGAAGAUCUGCAACGCCCGUAUGUUCGCCGGCCAGAGCCUCGCCGCCGAGCAGAACACCCGGUCCUCGAAAGUACGACAGCUACUCUCGUUCGUUCGCGAAAGCUGUGACAAUGGGGUUGCCAUCGAUAUCGGUAAAGCGGCCUUUAGUACUACUCUCAACAUGCUAUCGAACGCGAUUUUCUCGGUCGAUAUGACCGAUCCCGGCUCCGACUCGACAAACGAGUUUAAGGAGCUGGUGUGGAAUAUGAUGGAGGAGAUCGGAAAACCGAAUCUGGCUGAUUAUUUUCCGGCCCUUAAAAUGAUCGAUCCGCAAGGGAGACGGCGUCGUUUGACGGGGUAUGCUGGGAGGAUGAUCGGUGUGUUUGAUGAACUGAUCAAGACACGGUUGCUUGCCAGGAAAACAGCAGCUGGUUCGGUCGAGACGGAGGAGGAUUUGCUCGAUACUCUUCUCGGCAUUGAAGAGAGCAGUCACGAGAUUGAUCGCCGGCAUACCGAGCAUUUGUUCUUGGAUCUAUUUGUGGCAGGAACUGAUACAACUUCAAACACUCUAGAAUGGGCAAUGGCAGAACUACUUCACAACCCCACAAUUCUUUCGAAAGCCCGAGAAGAGAUGGAUCAGAUCAUCGGCAAAGGCCGCCCUGUUGAAGAAGUGGAUCUCGCCAGGCUACCUUAUUUGCACGCGAUAAUAAAGGAGACCUUCCGUCUCCACCCACCAACCCCUCUCCUACUCCCUCGAAAAGCAGAAGAAGAUGUCGACCUCUGUGGCUUCAGAGUUCCGAAGGGCGCACAAGUGCUCGUGAACGCAUGGGCUAUCGGGCGAGACCCGAGGACGUGGGACAACCCCAAGUUGUUUUGGCCGGAGCGAUUUUUGGGGUCGGAUGUCGAUGUGAAGGGACAAGAUUUCGAGCUGAUUCCGUUUGGAGCCGGGAGGAGAAUAUGUCCCGCGGUUGGUUUGGCGAGCCGGAUGCUUCAAUUGAUGUUGGCUUCACUUGUUCAUUCGUUUGAGUGGAAGCUUGAGGAUGGGAUUGGUGCAGAGGAUAUGAAUAUGGAGGAUGAGUUUGGGAUUACUCUACGAAAGGCUCAGCGUCUGCAUGCUAUUCCGAUGCACCGUAUAAAUUGUUGUUAGAUGAUAAAAAAAAAAUGAUUGCAAUUUUCUUUUCUAAGUUAGUAGUUUUAGCAAACUAGUACCAGACACUAUAGACUAUAGUAAGCCCAAAAAAAAUGUGCACUGGUACAAACUUGUUUCAUUAUAGUGCUAUAGAAAAUUGCUACCCGUAUGCCCAAAGCCCUUUACCUUAAAAGUAGGAGGUUCGACUCUUGUAGUGAAGCUUUUUCUAUAUUUGUGGAGUUGUAUUUGUGAUUGCUGGGGUGAUUGUAAUGUCUGCGAAACGCGUCAUUAUACUAUGUUGUCUUGGUCAAGUG